AGGAUCGAGAGGUAUAGCUCAGCGAGCCCGUGCUGCUACGCGAUCUCUUUGAUCUACUUGGAGCGGCUGAAACGGCGAGCUCCCGACAUCUUUCUGAACAGUCACAACUGGCAGCGGUUGAUCUUGGUGUCGAUGAUGCUGGCAACCAAGACCUUCGACGACAAGUAUUACAGCAACAAAGUGUGGGGGAAGAUUGGGGGGAUCACCACUGCUGAGCUCAACAACCUAGAGUUAGAAUUCUUGAACCUAAUGGGAUGGAGAAUGCAGUUGAAUCGAGAUGAGUACGAGUGGUAUGCGGAGGAACUGAGGGCCGAU